UAUGAUAUGAAUUUAAUUAAAAUAACUCAGUUUGAAGAACUACCCUGUAACUAUGCUGGAGAAGAUUCGGAGAAUGAACAGAGUUGCAGAAGAAACAGCGCGCCUCACCAGAUUGUCUCUUGAUGCCCCAAAAUACGUAGAGGUGGCAUUUGCCAAUGGUAGAGUGUUCAAUCUAUCAGCUGAAUUUCUCAGAAUAAAUAGUCCUGCGGCUGAUGGAAAGAUUAGGUCAAUUGGAGGUGAAAAGGUGAUAUCUGGGAGGCGCCAUGUGGGAAUCAUGUCUGCAGAACCAGUGGGAAACUAUGGGGUGAGGCUAAAUUUUGAUGACUUGCAUAAGACUGGUAUUUAUUCCUGGGAUUAUUUCUAUCAUCUAGGAAGCAACAAGUUUACCCUUAUGAGAAAUUACAUUAAGACAUUGAAGAAAUAUGGGCUAAGUCGGGAUCCACGAGGAAGGAAAUGAUGAAGACUUCAGUUUUAUCACCCAAAUAUAGUUUGAGAUUUGGUGGCAGUUGUUAUUUAUCAACAUGACACUGAUAGCUUCAUUUGUUGAAAAUGAAACCCGCAAUGUUGAAGAUUUGGAGUUUAAUAAAAUGUGAAUUGUGGGCAUCGAUACAGAGGGGGAAUCAAGUAAUGUUUUGCAUCCUUUCUGUUUCUUCCUUUUUGAGGAAAGGAUCAUCUAAUUAUCAGCAAAGGUACUUCUGUAUUCUCUAAAGAGUUAUUGAUUUCUGUUUGGAUCAUGUUGUAUUUUAAUUAUUAUACAUUUUUUUUUACAAUAUUUUGUAAGCCCUAUUCAUGUAUUAGAAUUUUUAAUAUUUUAAAUUCUUUUACUUAGAUGCAAAAUUGCUCUGAAAAUGUUAUGGCAAAACCCUUGUUGUUUUCUUG